UGUAUUGUGGAGCGAUGUCUAAUGCCGAAUGAUCACGGGGUUUUCCGCAAACGAAACCACAGGGAUCGCCAAAUAAAAGCUCCCCAAAGCUGGAGGCAUUUCUUACAACCAGUGAGCAGGGGCAAAUCUGCAGCCAAAGACCACACAAGGUGAAAAUCGAGUCGGAGGAAAUCAACAAUAAUGUAUUCAAAGUUUCUGCAGGUUGAAUGGGUUGUGUGUCUUGUGUUGCUAUCGGAGGCCGUCCUAUCCAUUGGAGCCUGGAAGUUGUGCGCUGAACCCUCAGAGAAGCACCUGUCGAAGAGGCUGGCCCAUUUGGAGUCCAGUGAGUUGGGCUCCAGUGCGAGGCAGUUCAUUCCUGGCAAAGAAUUCAAUGCCUCCCACAGUUUCACCUCUGUGGUUGGAGAACGGAGCACUUCACCAUGGUCUUACAGAAUUAAUGAGGACAAAGCACGUUACCCAAGGAAGCUGAUGGAAGCAUACUGUCUCCACAAGGGCUGCAUCGGAACCAAUGGGAAAAUUGAUAACACUGUAUUGAGCAUGCCAUAUCACACAACCGUCGUAGUGCUGAGAAGGAAAUCAAACUGCAAACACAAGACCUUUGUCUACAAAAAGGCCAUGGAAAAGAUUGCGUUGUUCUGCAUUUGUGUGAUGCCCACAGGGGACAAGUCUUAGACGGAACAUCCAAGAUCCCAGUAGAAAGAAUGUAGCCCUCUUUGUAAGAUUCAUGGAAACCCAUUUCUGUAGGCCAGGGAUAAAAAUGUGAAAUAUUUUAAUUGUUUUCUAAAGCCCCACUUUGCUUAUCCAUUCCUCACUAAUGGGAGGGUGAGUUGAAUUUAAAAUGAUGGACCCCCCACCCCUUCUACUAGAACACAUUGACAUUUCACCAACCCAAGGUUGGAUACGGCUGAGGAUUUUAUCCUCCUCUCUGUUGUCAGGAUUGCACAGUGAACACCUUGUCGAAAUGCCUGAAGAGACAAACGCUCAAAGAUUCUAUUGCUCAGCCCCAUGUGUUCUCUGCAAUAGAAUUUUAUCUGGAAGCCUGUUGCUUUAUACUUCAUAAUAAACAGAGAUUGCUAAGUUGUUUCUGGGCCCCACGCGGGUAUGAACGCAGAGGUCUCCAGAUAUGCAGUGCGUGUUCAGAAGCCUCUUCCAGGAAAGUCAGUCCUUUAAAACAAACAGGAGGCCUGUCAAGGCAACACUUAAAGGGCACCUGUCCAUGCACUAUACUUGCCCAUGGAGUCUUGUGCCUGGAAAAGACUGCGGUUAGGUGCCCUUUAAGAACCCGCACCUUACUCCAGGCCGCCUUUGGUCCCUUUAUGUUGUACCCUGACUCACUUGGAAACCUGAAGCCCUCGCCCUCCCACAGCGUUUCCCUCAAGUGAUUUAAGCCAUCUUGGUCCUCGUGGCUCUGGUUAUGGUUUAACCCCAUGCUCGGAUCACUCUUCAAUGUGAAUGUCCCCUGCCAUUCGUGACCCUACCUAAUUUCCGCUCUUUGUGAUGGUGUGAUGGCCAGAGGAAAGUGUGUAAGGCCCAUCCUGUUGCACGUGACAUCUGGGACCUCAUGCACAACAGAAUCCUGCAGCAAUGAGCUCCCACAUUAAAACCGGCGCUGGCACAGCCAGAAAGAAUUCUUUCACCAAUUGCUCUUCACCUGGCCAAUUAUUGAAUGUGGUCCUGUUGAAAGUUCCUUUCACAGCAGUAGCUGGUGUAGCAACAACAACUUUCAUUUUUAUAGGGCCUUUCAUUGCAAAACAUCCUGAAGUCCUUUACAGGAGCACCAAACCAAGAUAUCAGGGCAGGCAAGCAAAAACUUGAGGAGAGAGGGGAAGAGAGCCUCAGGGAGGAAAUUCCAGAUCGUAAGGGCUGGUUGAAGAAGACGUGGCUACCAGUAGUAAAAUAAUUAUCUUCAGGCUUGUACAAGAAGCCAGAGGUAGAGGAGCUCACAUUUGGAGGGCUUCAGAGUUGAAACAAGUUGACCACACUUUGUUUUAGAGCAUCCCUUCGAUAGGAGUUGUAAUUGAAAUCCAGUCAAACGCUAGGAGUUCCAUGUUGGGUUUAGAUCUGAGUUUGAUGACUGAUCUGUGCUAGGCUAAGCAAUCGCCCUCAACAUGAUGCAGAGGAGAUUUACAAGGACAUUGCCAGGACUGGAAAAUUUUUAGCAAUGAUGAAAAAUUGGUUAUGUUGGCUUUGUUUACUUUGAAAGGAAGGAGGUUAAUGGGACACUUGAGGUGUAAAGGGGGCAUAGAUAAAUGGGAAGGAUCUAUUUUUGGGGUAAAAUCCGGAGGGGGGGAGGGAAAGAUUUAAAGUAAUCAGCAAUGGAUCAGAGAGAAGUUGAGGUAAAAUGACUUCACUCAAUGAGUGGUGGGGAUUGGGAACUCACUGCUUGAAAGGACGAUGGAGCCAGUAACUAUCAUGAAAGUAGCUGACCAUGUACUUGAAGAUCGGUGACCUGCAGGGCUAUGGACCAAAUUCUGGAAGGUGGGAUUAGGCAGGGUUGCUGUUUCUUGACCAGUGUAAAUACAAUAGACCAAACAGUCUUCUUCUGUGUCAUAAGUUUCCUCUGAUUUAAGAUGGAGACUGCACAAGGUUGGUUGGGUUGGAUUCUAAUGGCCGUGGAGUGUGCAGGGCCAAAGUUUCCUACUUGGCGGAGUAGCUCUGCAGAUCAUUGCAGGGUGGACCUAUUAGUGGACAAGCAGAGGUUCCCCUCCUGUGCCCAAAACCAUCCAUCUUUAAUCAGCCAGAUGUUGCAUGGCCCUUGGUACAAUUUGGGAUCCAGCCAGGCAUGAACUUGUGUGCAUUUCUUGAAUUCCUGUCUGGUGGCCCCUUAAUUGCCAGAAUUAGGAGAGAAAUUUGACCUUACCUGCUGCAAAUUGGACUGGAGCUGCGAGGGAUGUAAAUACUUAAAAGACAGAGAGUAAUGAUUUCCCCACUCCCUAAAUAUUUGAUGUCAAGAAGAUUUGAUGCAUUUCCAAGCUUGUGGUUUCAGAUUAUGCAUGUGACUGUUUGCUUGUCGGCAAGAUCAGACCCAACUCCUUAUGGCACUAUUAAAUCGGCACUGUAAUUAUGCUUGGUCAUGUGAAAACAGAAAGUACAGUGGGGUAAUCAGCUUAUGGUCUUUGCUUCCGCUAGACUGAACUGCCAGUGAACUGACCUAACUUAAAAGUUAAUGCCCAGUCCAUUUGCCUUCACUGCAGUUUUGGCAGAAGAUUGAUGGUAAACUCAUACGGAUCUCCACAGAAACUUGGAACCAGUUCCAACUCAACCCACCCAAUGUGAAACCAACCAGCUGAUCAAGUGCAGUGCCUGUUUUAAAUCCUCCCUGAUCUUACUCCCCAUUGAAGUUAACUGAGAGAAUUAUUGAGGUGAAGCCACUGUCCCACCAAGCCCUGAAGGAAUUUCACCUGGGUGAAUUAGGUUAAAGUUACCACCUGGCCCCCUCCCUACACCCAAAAUAUAAAGUCAUUGCUGCCAGGAUCAUGCUGAAGUUAGUAGAACCACUUUGGGAAAAUUUACUCCAAUCUCUUCAAGAUGUGAAUAAGAUCCCACUGAAUGUUCAAUUGGAUAACUAGUUGUUCUCCACAUAUCCUCUUAUUAGCUGUACUGGGGAACCAAAUACACUAACCCUCAGAUAUCUGAGCACAAUCUGUGCAAAGAAUGAUUUUUUUUUAUUCUUAGUUUCUUUGUACAUGAACUGUUGUAACUUUGUCUCUGUAGUUAUUAAAACAAGUGAGCCAAGGUUAUGACUAAGCGAUGAUUGGACUGACAUUUCCUGGUAUAUCCUGUUUAAAGGACUUCUUGCAGCCUGGUAUUAAAUCAUUAUUUGUCCAGAAUGUCAUUGGAGGAUUUAAGAAUGCUGCCUAGUUCCAAUCUCUGUACAACAUUAUCAACCAUCCAUAGGGCAUUUAUUUUAGUAAUGCUUUUGACCAACAUGUUGUGAUGAAAAAUCUGCUACUAUUACAAUAAUAAAGCCUGAGAUGACUGCCAUAGUUCUGUGGAAUUUUUAAAGAUUCUUAUUAUGGUAAAAGGAAGCCUUUAAGUCUUUAACUAAAUUGUGUGAUGAACUUCAAAAUAAAAAUGUGGCUCAGUUGCGGACAAGA